AUGGACGAUUUGUACGGCGACUUGGACACGUCCACCAAGGCGCUGGAGAAGAAGGAGGCGCUGGACCUCAAGACGAAAGUUGAGAAGGAGAACAAGCGACUGCGAGACGAAUUGGCGCAGCUACAAGAGCAGAACCGACAGCUCGGCGCCGCGAAUAAACAAUUGGAGAGCAACAUCUCGACACUAUUUGCAACUGCGCAACUGGAGCUCGGACGAAAGGACAAGGAAAUCAAACGACUACGUACCGCGUGUAUGUGUUCGUCAUCGGUUCGGAGCGCUCGUUCGCUGCCGUCGAAUGCCUAUCGCAUCAACUGUUGGCUGUUUGUUCGUACGAACUCGUCUCCCCACCACGCUGCUACGACCAGCACGCGCGGCAACUCGCUUGACAUGUACGUGGAUAUGUAA